AUGGACGCCCCCACAGCCAGCGAGAGAGAAAGCAGAAGCACAACCUCCUCACCCAACGACAGGCCUCCAAUCGCCGCCAACAACGAGCUGUGGGUCGUCCUCUCGCGCGCGAAGUCCACCUCCACCAAAGCGAAGCUGAAGAAGCUCCUCACCUUCGGCGCCAAGAAGCCCAUCACAUUCGUCAAGAUCGAGGCGAUUCUCACUUCAGCGCACGAGGUGAUGGAGUUCAUGAAGAGCUACGCGAGAGAGCACGAGGAGAUGGAGAGACAUGAGGUGGAGAUUUGUUACUCAGAUGGGAAGCAGGCGUUGAAGUGGGAUGAUGAUACCGGGGGGUUUGACGAGGUGGCGACGGGGGUGAGGUUUGUGGAUAGGAAGGAGAAGGUUGUGCGCGAUGUUUGGGCCCAGAUGGUGAAGUUCGUGGAUGGGGUACGGGUGGAGAUGCUUUGA